GCUCUAGGAAAUAAAGUCUCAUAAACCUUUGGAAACCAUAAACCCUAUGCUCUGGUGUCACACUGUUAAAGAGUUAAGACCUUCUUUGGGGGAUUUGUAAACUGUCAGGCACACGUUCCCUCUUCCCCAAGUAUGGAAACUGGAUAUUAGUUCAGGCCUUUUCUCCAUCUUUAUCAGAAAAAAAAAAACACAAGACAGACGGCGUUUUUUUAUUUUUUUCUGAAAAAAAUUGGCCUUUGCCCCUAAUUUCAUGGCGGGUAGAAAGCUUGUUCGAGAUUUGUUCCUCCACAGAAAAUCCCUUCUUCUUCAGUCUCGACAACAGGUUUCAGGCACGAGAAUUCGAUUGCUUUCGGAAAAUGGGUAUUGGGGGAAUCGUCGAUUCAGUGUCUUCAAUGAGUUUUCGAAGCAGGUCAAGGAGGAAACCAAUAAGAAUCCACAAUUUAAAAAGACAGUCAAGGAGCUGAAGGAGCAAGUGGAAGAGCUCAAGGGGGUGAAAGAAGAUCUGAAAGUCAGAACGAAGCAGACAACGGAGCAGCUGUACAAGCAGGUGGAUGGUGUUUGGACAGAGGCUGAAGAAGCAGCAAAGAAGGUCUCUGCAAAUGUAAAAGAGAAGAUCUCGGCUGCCACAGAAGAGGUUAAAGGAUCUUUUGGAAUUGGGAAAGAGCAGGCUUCAGGGCCUUCUGGUGCUUCAGCUGAUCAUGUUGCUGAUGAAAAAGAUGGAAGUAAAGCCUCGUCCUCGGAAGAUAAACACCAGCACUCAGGGUCUAGUGAUACUGCAGAAACAUUAUUUGGAAAAUUUAGGUCAAGGGUGUCUUCAUCGAAUGUUUCCUCUGUCUUUCAUAGAUUCAGGGAAGCAAAGUUUGUUGACAUGGCCAAAAAAGGAUAUGAUAUUGUAAAGGAUGAGUUAAAUGGUAGUCCAAGUAAGAAAAAGCAUCUAGGGUUUGACCCUUCUUCCAUCCCACGAGUUAAAAGAAGUGCAACAAGUGACAUUGCUAUUGUACCCACCAAACAAUCUCGUUGGAGCAAAAAGUGGGAGGCUUUCAGAAUGAAGAUGCAAGGGAAUCCUCUAUUCAAGCGUAUCAGUGGGAUGAGUGAACCAGUUAAAAUAAAAAGCGAGGAGAUUAUGGAUGACAUGAAGGAACGCUGGGAAACUACUGAUAGCCCAAUAGUUCACAAAAUUCAGGAUAUCAAUGAAGCUAUUUUUCAAGAAACAAAUGCUGCUGCAUCAAUCAAGGAGAUCCAUGCCCGAGAUCCAUCUUUCUCUUUACCAGAUUUUGUGGUAGAAGUUCAGAAUGCGGUCAAACCUGUGUUAAAUGCUUACAUGAAGGGAGAUAUUGAAACAUUGAAGAAGUACUGUGCUAAUGAGGUGAUUGAGCGGUGUACAGCCGAGCGUCAGGCUUUUCAAAGCCAUGGCAUCUUUUUUGAUAACAAGAUUCUACAUAUAUCUGAGGUGGAAGUAAGAGAUACCAAACUGAUGGGAGACUCUCCCAUAAUCAUUGUAGCGUUCCAAACACAGCAAGUCUAUUGUGUACGUGAUAAAAAUGGUGCAAUAACAGAAGGCAGCCAGGAUACAAUCCAAACAGUGUAUUACGCCUGGGCCAUGCAACCUUGGGAUCCCGAAGAACUUCCUGAAGGUGCUCUUUUCCCGAUAUGGAGAGUAAGAGAGAUGCAACAAUUUGGAAUUCAAUCCCUUAUUUAGUUAUUUACAUAAACCUCUGAUCUUAACCGAUGGAUGUUGUGUCAUAUUUAUUUUCCAUGUGCCAUCUCAACUUCCCUGGGUUUUGUGAUUCACUGCCAGGAAAUUUCGUAGUAUAUUAUUUAGUAUGAUCAAUUCAAUGCAGUUCAUUACUGAGAGCAUAAGCAAAUCUAAAUUCCUCCAAAUUUCAUUUUUGGGAGUGACAGAUUUCAUUCUGAACAAAUAAAUAUUAUCAAUACAAAUUCUUUUGUUACUGCA